UUAGUCUUCUUUUUGGUAAGACAAAAUUGAAGCUCCUGCAAUUAUGAGUUUAACUUCCCGCCGUGGAUCGGCCAGAAGUACGAGUCGCGAUCCGCAAGGGCUUCAAACCCUGCGACAAAUCCAGCAGAACCUGGGACCCAAUGCCACUGGCAAGCUGGCUUGUGUGGAAGCUGGAUGGUAUCGUGACAUAUCUAACCCACAGAUGGAUGCCGCUCUGGCCUUGAAGGAUGCGCUUCGCGAUGACAUGGAGCAGAGGACAACGCGCCGAACAUGGCAGCUCGUGGAGGUCUUGGGGCUUCGCCCACGACCGUCCAGGAAGACGCUGGUCCUGCUGAUGCGCAUGAGUAGGGGCAACGACCUGGCCUUUCUCUGGUUUCUCAUGGAGAUGUGCUACAAGACGGAGGCCCACGGCCGAGCCUACGACAUUAACGAGCAGAUCAUCAUGUCGGCCAUAUUCUGGCUGGACCUUUACCCCACCCUCCAGGAACUGGAACGCGUGCUUCCGCUUCCUAAUGCCUCCGAAAAAGACAGGGCCAAUGCCACGGCCGAAACUGAGCCCCGGCGAAAGCAGAGUCGAAAAGUUCGCAAACAUCGAUCGGAGAGUGAGAACUGGAAGCCAAAGAAACCCGCCCAGAUGGGUCCACUAUCGCCGUACUUCCAGGAGCCGCCAGUCAUCAAAUCCUGGCAUCCCACUCGAAACUUUUUCUCCCAGUUUCCCGCCAGUCCUGCUUUGUUGAGUAACAUGCCCAAGGAUAAGGGCACUGUCACUCGCACAUCUCCGCUCUUGUCCCGCUGGUUUGGCGACUACGACCUCAGUGACUCGAACCGCAUAACCCGGUCCAUUCUCAAUGAGGAGAUACGCAAUAUAAUCGCCUCCUUUAACGCUGCCCAGCUCCCUGCAAACGACGUGGAGUCCAUGUGCACCCACCAUCAGCGCAUCAGCGAGAUGGAGAAGUCACUGAAGGUCCAGCUGCAGGCCCUGAAGAAACAGCAGUGCGAGGAGCUGCUCUCCUCACCAAACCGAGCACAGGAGCGGCGACGAAAGAGGGUCAUUUGCGAGCUGGAGCAGAUGGUCGACUGCUGCCAGGCCCGGUUCCGCGAGAUGGCAGCGAGGACGCGCCUCGCCUCGACCAGGAAGAAGCUCUACAGCUGCGCCAGCGGUGGUGUAUCGGUGGAUGGGAAAGUUUUGUGUCUGGGCAAUCGAUCUGGCGGAGGAGAUGGCUGCUCAGAGCAGAAAAAUGUGAGACUGCUAGAGGGAGAGAACCCCUUGAUCCAGCACUGCUGCCCCGACUUCAAGCUGGAGAAGAUGGAUUGUGCGAAUUGUGAGCUGUAUGAGCCGGAGUUGAGUCUGCCGGAGCAGUGCAAGGGCAUGAGCCUUGGACGCCCCAGCAGCUUGAUGCAGUUUCUGAAGCUUUGCGACAUCGAGGAGGAGAAGCUGAAAGAGGAGGAAAAGGAAAAAGCUCCUCCUUCUGCUCCUGCUCCUGCU